AUGGUGGCCCAGGAAGGAGUAUUUCCUAGUAUUGCAUCGAAUGCAAUGCAACACACACUUCGUAGUGAUAAGAAUCCUUUAACAUACUCGAAUAUGGAUGAAUAUGUCCGUCUUCAACAAGGAUCUCGUCCAAUUACGUCCAUUCUUAUUGCAAACAAUGGGAUUUCAGCUGUUAAAGCCAUUCGAAGCAUUCGUAGUUGGUGUUAUGAAAUGUUUGCAAAUGAACGUAUUGUUACGUUUGUUGUCAUGGCUACACCUGAAGAUCUCAAAGCUAAUGCUGAAUACAUUCGGAUGGCUGAACAUGUGGUCGAAGUGCCUGGAGGUUCGAAUAACCACAAUUAUGCCAAUGUAUCACUCAUUAUUGAGAUUGCUGAGAGAUACAAUGUGGAUGCUGUAUGGGCUGGAUGGGGUCACGCAAGUGAAAAUCCAUUACUACCGGAUUCACUUCUUCAAACGGAACGGAAGAUCAUUUUUAUUGGACCGCCAGCUAAACCAAUGCGUGCUCUGGGUGAUAAGAUUGGCUCGACGAUCAUUGCACAGAGUGCAAAUGUACCUACAAUUGCCUGGAAUGGUGAUGGGAUGCAAGUAAACUACAAGGAACAUGACGGGAUUCCUGACGAGAUUUACAAUGCAGCUAUGCUACGUGAUGGUCAACAUUGUCUUGAAGAAUGUAAGCGGAUUGGUUUUCCUGUCAUGAUAAAGGCCAGUGAAGGUGGAGGGGGUAAAGGGAUUCGAAUGUGUCAUGAAGAGAACCAAGUCCUUAGUGCUUGGGAAGCCGUACGUGGCGAAAUCCCUGGCUCGCCCAUCUUUGUCAUGAAGUUGGCACCCAAGUCACGUCACUUAGAAGUGCAGCUGUUAGCAGACACGUACGGGAAUGCCAUUGCCCUUAGUGGUCGUGACUGCUCCGUGCAGCGUCGUCAUCAAAAGAUUGUGGAGGAAGGACCAGUGCUUGCCCCUACUGAGGAAGUAUGGGAGAAAAUGAUGCGUGCCGCAACACGUCUUGCUCAAGAGGUCGAGUACGUCAACGCUGGUACAGUCGAGUACCUUUUCAGUGAGCUGCCAGAGGACAAUGGCAAUUCGUUCUUCUUCCUAGAGCUUAAUCCACGUCUACAGGUGGAACACCCUGUGACCGAGAUGAUUACUCAUGUAAACCUACCGGCUGCUCAGCUCCAAGUAGCUAUGGGUAUUCCGCUGUACUGCAUCCCGGAUGUACGUCGUCUGUACAACAAGGAUGCAUUCGAAACAGCUCCUAUUGAUUUUGACACGGAGAAACAGAAGCCUCCACAUGGUCACGUCAUUGCUGCGCGUAUUACAGCUGAGGACCCGAACGCUGGCUUUCAGCCUACUAGCGGUGCAAUCCAAGAGCUCAACUUUCGUAGUACGCCCGAUGUGUGGGGCUACUUUUCGGUGGACUCGUCCGGCCAAGUCCACGAGUUUGCGGACUCACAGAUUGGUCACUUGUUCUCGUGGAGUCUGACCCGUGAAAAGGCCCGGAAGAACAUGAUUCUUGCGCUGAAAGAGUUGUCCAUUCGUGGAGACAUUCACACGACUGUAGAGUACAUUGUCAACAUGAUGGAGUCGGACGAUUUCAAGUACAACCGCAUCUCGACGUCAUGGCUAGACGAGCGUAUCUCGCACCACAAUGAAGUGCGUCUGCAAGGCCGUCCAGACCCAUUAAUGGUGGUCCUCGUGGGUGCUGUGUGCUGUGCGUACCAGGCGUCGAAUACGCUCCAGGAGGAGUACGUCAGUCAAGUUGAGCGCGGUCAGCUCCCUCACAAUGACUUGUUGUCUCAGGAGGAGUCACUUGAGCUUAUUUAUGAAGGGAUCAAGUACAACAUCAAGGCGUGCCGCAGCGGCCCAAUCCAGUUCACACUCUUCUGCAACGGCUCCUACCUGCAGGUAGAGAUUCGCACACUGUCGGAUGGCGGUUUCCUCGUUCUGCUGAAUGGCAAGUCGCACGUUGCGUACGCUACGAAGGAGGCGCAGGGCCUGCGUCUUGUUGUUGACAGUCACACGUGCGUGUUCACCAAGGAGUACGAUCCGACACGCUUGGUAACCAACACGGCUGGUAAGCUCGCUCGCUACCUGGUGGACGACGGUGCUAGCCUGCGUCGUGGUAUGCCGUACGCUGAAAUUGAGGUGAUGAAGAUGUACAUGCCACUUCUCACCCCGGAAGCUGGUGUUAUCCGGUUGCUCAAGUCCGAGGGCGCUGUUUUGGCGCCUGGCGACUGCAUUGCUACCAUGGAGCUUGACGAUCCUUCGUGCGUGAAAAAGUCAGACGUUUACAUGGGAAAGCUUCCGCCAUUAGAGAAUGCUAACGGAAACAGCAUAAAGGCUGUGCACAAGAUGCGCAAGGCGUUGGCACUUUUGAAGAGCGUGCUGCAAGGCUUUUUCGCUCCUGAGGACCUUACGCAAAAGGCACUAGUCAACUUGUUCCAGGUGUUGAAUGAACCGCUCUUGCCUGUCGAGGAGAUCAAGGAGGCUAUGUCGUCGCUGGCCGGCCGCAUUCCGCUCGAUGUGUUCGCAAAGAUUACGGACAAGAUUCAGAUGUUUAAGAAGGCAGUGGCUGAAGAACCUACGGCUACGCACGAGUUCAACGUGGCGGAGGUGAUUGAGAUCCUAGAUGAACACAAGAAUACCCUCACGAAGGACCGCCAACGAUCGGACUUCGAGGCCUCAGUGAUGACGCUCCGCGAUAUUGCCGCCAAGUACAAGCACGGUUUGCAGUCUGGCGAAGAGGCUGUGCUUACGGAGCUGAUCAACGAGUACUUCACUGUCGAAACUGUGUACGCGAACUCACACAACGUCGAGGAUGUGGUGAUGGCCCUACGUCAGCAAAACUUGGCCGACCUGAAUAAGGUGUUCGCUAUCGCUCGUUCGCACAAAGCACUGGAGGCGAAGAACAAGUUGCUGCUGCAGCUCCUUGGCCAAAUGGCGCGCGGUGCCCCUCGCAAGUCGGUGAAGUCGGCAGCGUUCGUACCGCUUCUUGAGAAGCUUGCAACAUUUAAGGAGAAACAGUACUCGCUGGUGGCUCUGGAGGCGCGUCAGCUAUUGAUUGACAACAAGAUGCCGUCAUACCGCGACCGUCUGAGCCAGGUGGAGAAAGUGCUCAAGAGCUACAUCGCUGACGGUUCGUCAACGGACCUUUCUGCCGCUUGCAGUAACCUUCUGGAUCAGUCACAGCCGCUCUUCGACCUGCUCGUUUCGCUUCUUGACCACGAGGAACAGCAGGUCCGCGAGUUGGCUCUUGAGCUAUACGCCCUGCGUGUAUACCGCUCGUACGUCAUCGAGUCUAUGGAGACUAUGGCCUUUAACGACAUUUUCGCGAAGACGUUUCAAUUCAAAUCGCCUGUCGUCGAUGCGCUGGCCGUCGGAGUUGCCCCUGCCGAGAGCUAUGACGAUUUGUCGUGUCUGCUGCGUCGCAACAGCUCUGCGAGCUCGCUCGACUUGCACAGUUCGGAAGAAAAUAGCGAUGAGCAAGAAUCGGUUGAGAAGCCGCUUGCCAAGCCUACCGAUGGAUACCAAAAAAUAUCAUCUGACUUUGAGCGUCACGGCGCCAUCAUUCGUCUUACGAACCUGAAGGUUUUCCAGCAGUCGUUCACGGACAUCAUGAGCCUGUUCCCGCUCGCGAAGAAGACGCUGUCGGUGCGCAAGGACCCGCUUGUGAACGUCGUGCACAUUCUUCUAGUGGAUGAGCACUCGGAGGAGGCGAGUUUCUUGGAGCAGGCACAGGCCUACCUAAAGUCUGUGGACCAAGACCUGCGUGCGCACAACAUUCGUCGUGUGACGUUCGCUGUGCGUCCGCAGAAUAUCGAGGACAUUUCCGCGCACAACGCUGACAUGGCACUAUACCCGAACAUUUACACGUUCCCUGGGCGCCUGAACUACAGUGAAGACAAGAUCUUACGCCACAUGGAAGCACCGCUUGCUUACAAACUGGAGCUGCGUCGUCUGCAGAACUACAGCGUUACCCCGUUGGCGUCGGAGAACAAGAACGUGCACUUGUACCUGGCCAAGAUUAAGGAGUCCGAUUCGCACAUCGUGACUGACCGCUUCCAGCGCAUCUUUGUGCGCUCCGUCGUGCGUCAACUGGACCACGAUGGCAGCGGCUCUCGCUCACAGUACGAUGCUUACCCUGGUCCGGAGCGCUCACUCGUCGAUGCUCUGAACGCCUUGGAGGUCAACCUGGCAAAUCCUCUGGUCAAGAAAUCGCAGCUGCCGACGAAAAACAACCACGUGUACCUGAACAUCUUGCCGCAGGCGAUUGUGGAUCCCCAGUAUCUUGAAGGUGUGAUCCGUAUUCUGGCGUACCGUUACGCCGAGCGUCUGGAGCAGCUGUGUGUUUCGACGGUGGAGCUCAAGAUCAUCGCACGUUUCAACAGUGAGGCGCCAGCGAUCCCUGUGCGCCUUGUGGCUGAGAACCCGACGGGCUAUGUGGUCCGUGUGCAGGCAUAUGUUGAGGCUGCGGGUCACGACGAGCCUAUCUUCACUUCGAUUGGUGAUGAGACACACGGCGAGCUUGACGGGUUGCCAGUCACGACACCAUACCCGGUUGUGUUCCCGUUCGACAAGAAGCGUCAGAUGGCGAAGGCAAUGUCUAACACAGUGUACGUGUACGACUUCCUUGAGCUCAUUGAUUACAACCUGCUGCGUCAAUGGCGCAAGUACGUACAGCAGCGUACGCGCGGUGGCGGCGCAAAGAUCACCAUCCCGAACCUGCUCAUGGAAACGCGCGAAUUGGUCCUUGAUGCAACGGGCAAGUCUCUGACGGAGACGUUGCGUCCUCGGGGCCAAAACGACAUCGGCAUGGUGGCGUGGCUGCUGACGCUGUACACCCCGGAGUUCCAAAACGGACGUGAGAUCAUUAUCAUUGCUAACGAUAUCACGUUCAAGGCCGGCUCCUUUGGUACCCGCGAAGACACGCUAUUCGACUUGGCAUCGAAGCUGGCUCGCUCGAAGGGCAUUCCUCGCUUCUUCUUCUCAGCGAAUGCUGGUGCCCGUAUUGGCAUGUCUGAGUCCAUCAAGGCACUUUACAAGAUUAGCUGGAAAGACGGGACCAACCCGACCAAGGGCUUUGAAUACUUGUACCUGACGCCCGAGGACCACAAGGUUGCGUCGUCUGAGGGCUCUGUUAACGCCGAGCUGCUGGUCACUAGCACGGGCGAGGAGCGAUACGUGCUGAAAGAUAUUGUUGGUCGCGAAAUUGAUCUGGGUGUCGAGUGUUUGCGUGGAAGCGGUACGAUUGCCGGCGAAACGUCGCGUGCCUACAAGGAUGUGUUCACGCUGACGUACGCCUGCGGCCGUAGUGUUGGAAUCGGUGCCUACUUGGUCCGUCUAGGCCAUCGUACGGUGCAGAACGCUACACACUCGCCGAUUAUCCUGACGGGCUACCAGGCACUGAACAAGCUCAUGGGUAAAGAAGUGUACACCUCGAACGAUCAGUUGGGUGGUGUGAAGAUCAUGCAUACGAACGGUGUGACUCAUUUGACGGCGAAGAACCACCUGUCGGGCAUCUACUCGAUUCUUGAGUGGCUGAGCUUCGUUCCGGCGGUUCGCCACGGCCCUCUGCCGAUCCGUGACCUGACGGGAGUGGACGAGAUCGAACGUACGGUGGACUUUUGCCCGAAGGACAAGAGUACGCAGUACGACCCGCGCGCUCUGCUGGUGGGUAAGGUCGACGAGGCAAUGGGCAAGUGGGUAUCGGGCUUCAUGGACAAGGACUCGUUCCGCGAGACGCUUGACGGCUGGGCCAAGAGCGUGGUUGUCGGACGUGGCCGUCUAGGUGGCAUACCUUGCGGUGUGGUAGUCACCGAGGUGCGUACUUCCGAAAAGAUCAUUCCAGCUGACCCGGCGACGCCGGCGUCGCAGGAGAACCUGGUUCAGCAGGCUGGUCAAGUAUGGUUCCCAGACUCGGCUCACAAGACGGCUACUGCUAUCAAGGACUUCAAGGGCGAGGACCUGCCGCUGUUCAUUCUGGCGAACUGGCGCGGUUUCUCUGGUGGUCAGCGCGACAUGUUCGACGAAGUGCUCAAGUUUGGUGCUGCCAUUGUGGACGGUCUCGUGGACUAUGAGCAGCCCGUUUUUGUUUAUAUUCCGCCGUUUGCUGAGCUGCGUGGUGGCGCAUGGGCCGUGGUGGACCCUACCAUCAACGAGGGUAUCAUGGAGAUGUAUGCGGACCCACAGGGUCGUGGUGGUGUCCUCGAGCCGGCUGGUCUCGUCGAGAUCAAGUACCGCAAAAAGCAGCUUUUGCAGACCAUGCAUCGUCUUGACGACAAGCUCAAGCAGCUCACUGCUCGUUUGGCUAAGCUGUCGCCUGACGAGGAGACCGAGAACGCCAAGAUCUCGGCUGAGAUCAAGGUCCGUGAGGACACCCUGUUGCCGAUCUACGUGCAGGUGGCUACGGAGUUUGGUGAUCUCCACGACAGACCUGGUCGCAUGAAAUCCGUGGGAUGCAUCCGUCAGGUUGUGCCCUGGUCGAACUCGCGUAAGUUCUUUUACUGGCGUCUGAAGCGCCAGCUCGCAGAGUUCUCGUUGCGCCGCCAGGUCGUGGCUGCAAGCGCUGGUGGCCCUCGUGCGACGAGUUUCGUGGGCUCGGAGCAGGUUCUCAAGGGCUGGUUUACGGAGGCUGUGAACGGCGGUCGUGUGCCGCGUCAGCAGAAUGUGUCCGUGUCCGAGCUCUGGUCGCAUGGUGACUCGGAUGUGUUGCUGUGGCUGUCGAGUGAUAAGGAAUGGAUCGCUUCGCGUGUGGCAGAUCUUCGCCAGGAGCAAAUGGCCUCGCAGGUUGUCGAGAUCGGCCGCAAGGAUCCCAAGGCUGCCGUGGCUGGUAUUCUUGAGGUGCUGAACCUGCUCAGCGACAAGGACCGUGAGGAAGCUGUUGCUGCACUGCGUCGUGGCUCCAUCUUCCACAAGUGA